AUGGAGGAGCUGACUAUGAGUGAGAUGAGUCAAGACCAGGACCAGGACUCACUGUAUGAGCCUGAGAGAAGCAGCUCGUUGCAGUGUGAGCCAGGAGUUUCUAUCAAAGACUGUGUGCAUGAUGCAAAAUACAUCGUCUUCCAUAACAAGCUGAAGGAGCUGUUCAGUGUCUGCCACGAGCCAGGAAGUGGAGCAGGUGUCCUCAGUUCAUCCCAGAACAGAAGUGGUUUUGCCAUAACCAUGGAGACCGAUUGUGUUGUGGGUCACAGGAGGAAGUGGGAGUCCCAGACCAGAGUGGGAAAAUUGUUUGCAGGGAAUCUUUUGGUGUCAUCAGCCGUCUUCCUUACCGGCGGCUCUCACGGCACAUUUGUGGAAACUUGUCACCUUCUUGGCCAAGUGUCCAUGUCGUGUCGACAGUUCACCAACAUACAGCGCUUCAAAAUUGUGCCAGAAGUUAACCACAUGUGGACCCAGCACACGGAGGCCAUUCUGGCUUUAAUUGGUGACAGUCCACUGACUGUAUCUGGAGACGCACGCUGUGAUUUGCCAGGCCACUGUGCCUCCUUUGGCUCUUACACCAUCCUGGACUCUGCUUCCCACCUGAUCCUCGCCCAGGAGACUGUGCAUGUGACCGAAGUGAAGAACAGCUACUGGUUGGAGACAGAGAGAAUAGAGCGAUACAGCAACACAUUGAGGUAAACUAGAACCUAAUUUUUCUUUGUCAAAGGCAAUUAA